AUGAAGAAAUGGGUUGAUGGAAUGAGUGCUGGGGGUGGUGGGGACUGGCCAGAGGCUGUUGCAGAGAGGGGGGUUGCUGAUGCACCGCCUCAUGGGCUAGACCAAAAUGGAGAUGGAUUCCCAAACGGCUGCCCAAAGGGACAUGAUCCUUUGACUGUAUGCCACACCCUUGCUGAAAAAGGAAUCACGCUGUACUGCAUUGGAUGUAUAUUGAUUGGUACUCUGACCUUUGAGCUGGGUGGAGUAGUGACCAUCAAUUGUGAGAAGACUGGCUAUAAAGCUGAAAUAGARUUCAAACUCAAGCCAUUCUGGAAAAAGAGUGGCGAGUCUAACUACAUAUCUGGUAAAAUCAAGAUGGGUAAAGAAACCCUGUGCAAGAUUGAAGGCAAAUGGGAUGGUGAGAUCGUUAUCGAGGACCUGAAGUCAUCUAACACUUUCGAUGAGGAACCUUUACCUGAUCUGUUCUGGGAGCCAACACCUGAAGCCGAAAAGCUCAAAGACUCAAAAGAUACCUGGUUGACUUUGAUAGUCAGAAAGAUAAUGAAUCUGAGAAACAGUGGAUCCCCGUCAGUAACGCAAUCAGGGUUGCCGACCAGGAAGCCGCCACWAGAGAGAAAUUUACCCUGGAAGAAGCACAGCGAAAGGGACAUAGAGAACGCAAAGAGCAAAGCGUGGAUUGGGUACCAAAGUUAUUUGAACAGCCACCAGACGCUAAUGGCGCUGUGAAUCGAUGGGUCUACAAAUACACUGAUAUACGUCCAUGGGACCCCAUGACAGACCUACUAGAAUACAAAAACAAUGGAAUCAUCAAGACCCAGUAUCGCCUCAAGGCGCCUAUGGUACGCACCACCAGUGUAUUGAGCGUACACCUGCCUGGCAAGAAACCAUCCAAGAGAAAACGACCCUCUUCUGGACGUUCAAGGCUUGGUGUUGCUAAAGGAUCGAGGAGGAGCUCCGCUGACCGGUCAGGUGGGUCUGCGCCCGACCUCGAAGGGAACACCAGUAGUAUUGAAGAUGAGUACGAUGAUGUUAGUGUUAAGGAGGGAGUAGACUUAGCAACGCUAGAAAAGGCGAUCCAACCGCUGAGGGAUUCGCAGAA